AAAAGGGGGAAAUUCAGAGUAGCGCAGCAGCCAAUGUUCACAACAUUGAAAACGUAGCAUAAAUAACUUGUGUUUAUGCGAAAUUAUGUGACAGUCCCUGGUAUCUCGUCUGGCAAUAGUACCAAAAGGGAUCUUAUUUUCUGCUACCGUAUCGUUACGAAGUUCUUCUCGUUUUGAAUGACAGGAACAAACAGUGUCAACAACAGCUGAUUUGCAGAGGCCAUUUGUGUUAAACAAGUGACGCUCGAAAAACGUUCAAGUGAUCGAGGUAGCAAAUUUAAGUCAGGAGUGACACACAAACAUGAAGGCGAAAAUCAGAUUACGAUUUUCGCCCGUACAUAAACGUGUAAGGCUGUAUUCAUAGGGCUUGCCAUUUAGUUUCAAAUGAUAUACAAUACAAUUUAUUCAAGUGAGUUAUGGAGACGUGUGUUCAGAGGCAAUCUACAUUGCCUGAGACUGACAGUGUCUAUCAAUUGAUUACUCAACUUUGUAAAUAUGAACUGAGAGAGAAGGGGUCUUCUUAUGUUCUGAAGAAAGCACGCUCUAAUGCAUUUGGGAUUCUACUUAAGAAGACACCUGCUGCCUUUGGUAGAGAAAAUGUGAACCAUCCACCAUGGUUUGACCCAUUGUUUGCAUUGGCAACACUGCAACUAGAUCUUCCAGAUGGCAAGGCUUCUCAGCUUGCACAUUGUUUGCAGCAUCUUGAAUUUUUGAAAAAUGUGUACUCAACAGAUAACUUGAAGAAAAUUGUGCAUUUCAUUUUGGCAUUAUCCAACUCAAGACCACCACAAAAGGAAGAUUUUGUCAGUUUCAAACCAGGUCAAUUAGAUGCUGAAUUUUCAAAACGGUAUCCAAAUGCAUAUCCACAGUAUGGCCCUCAACUGUUUAUCCUGCCACCUGUUGAGAAGUUUGUUUCAACUGUGUAUGGAACUGAAUGUCCUUAUUUACCACCAGGAGGAUGGUACCCUUUUUCUGAGCCACUAGGUACAGGACUCAGCAAGUUCUUCCAGAUUGAUUAUCAAAGUGGAACUGCACAAGGUGAAGGUGUUUUACCAUAUGAUAUUCCAGACUUCCCAGAGGUAAAAAGCCCAAAAGAACUGUUUAUUCCAAAAGCAAGUAAAGAACGAGAUAGGACUCCAGAUGAAGGGUAUGGGACGCCAGCAGCAGAACAUGCCAAUGCCUCUCCUGAGUGUGAUUUUCAUGACCAUCAUGCACCAAGUGAUCAAGAGAUCUUAGCUCGGGUAAACCAUAGAACUUGGGAGGCAUAUGGGUCACGUCUGCCUCCACUUGAAAAACCAUUCUUAAGUGAAAAACCAGAAGCAAUUCACAGGCUGUGGGUGCUGCAUAUGAGACAGCAGGCUGUAAGAAGGCGUACUGUUGUUGCACCUGGCGCAUCGCACUUGAAAGUGCUGCAAAAGGAUCAGUUGCUGGCUGAUAUUCGGUAUCUUCUGGAUGGAGUUGCUAGUGAUACAUUCCCUUAUAAUAAGGACUUGGAUGCAUUCACAACAGCACAAAAUAUCUGUGUAGAAGGAAUUUCUCCUGACACAUUACAGAACUUUCUCACAAAUUUUUUGGCAGUUGGAUCACUGAUAUAUCAGUUAGAAAUAUUGGUGCAGUCACCUCCAGAAGGUUGUUGUCUGGCUUAUCAGGCCAUUUCUGAGUGUGUACGUCAUUAUCUUUGCCUCUAUCGGGGUGAACUACUCAGACAAAAGUUCAGCGGAAGUCUUCUCUCAUUAGCUAACUCCAUCAGGCGAUUCAUAAUGCCUCAACUGUUUUGCAUUUCACAUGUCAUGUCACAGCAUACCACCACCACUGCUUACUUGUUGUCACAACUUCAUGAUGCUGCUAUGCAAGCAGUGUGCCCAAUCACAGCUCCCCUGCUUACUGUUAUGCUGCAUGCAGGGACUUCCAUUUAUCUCAAGUAUGUGGAGCUGUGGCUCUUUGAAGGUAAACUAGAUGACAGCCAAGAAGAGUUCUUUAUUUGUGUUCGACCAACUAUGUCUCUGUCACGAACUCGCGAUUAUUGGAAUUGGGCCUUUUAUGUGAAUAAGAAAGCAGUUCCAAAUUUUCUAUUGGGACUUGAACAUGAUAUAUUGGACUGUGGCAGAGCCAUUAACCUACUCAGAAUCUGCUGCCCAAAGAAUCCACUUCUCCAAGAGCUGGAAAAAGGAAUCCCACAUUUGAGACUUUGUGGAAGUACAGAACAGCUCAAGCAGUUAGAAGUUGAGUGCUUAAGAUUUGAAGAAAGAGUUUCAGAAGCGUGUGGUUUGACUGGCCUUGCAGCCAGGGACUUCCUUCUCAAAAGUCAAGCUGCAAAAUCAGAUCUGAUAGAUAAGGCUUCCGAUGCCAGGCAACAACACGAGAAAAAAAUUCUAGCUGAAAUAGAGGAGAAACGUGUUCAAAAAAUUCAUGAUAAAAGGCAACAAAUGGAACAGUUGCAGGCACAAAUUAUGGAAGCUAAAGAACACCGCUUAGCAGAACGCAGAAGACAACUAGCUGAGGAUGAGGCAUUAAGACAACUAAAUGAAUAUCAACAACAAGAGGAAAAGCGCAUGAAACAACUGGAGAAGGAGAAGAUAAUUAUGUUCUAUGAAGAGCAGUCAAAAGCAGCAGACAGGAAAAAGUUCCGAGCAGAGUGGUGCAUGAGAAGAAUGAAACUGAAUGAGAAGCGGAAGAAAUUUUUAUCAGAUGAGUCUUUGUACCCAGCAUUAACACAGGAAGAGGACACUAAACAGCACAUGUGCACUGAUCUUAAUCCCGAUGGAGUAAAACACCAUUUAGAGACUCCAGAUCAAACAAAUAAUAAUGUAAAAAACAUUGACAUUGACACUGAGAAGUUAGUGCCAGCUUAUUCCACAACCAUUACCAGGAAUGUGGAAAGAAUUGAGAAUGGUGGCAUAGAUAACUCAGAAAAGCCCAUAUGUGUAGAUAAUGUUUCUUUAGAAAGCAAUGCAGACAAACAAGAAAUGUCAGAUGCCCAGAAGAAUCGUCUCAAAGUUCUACAGAGCGAAUUUGGCAUUUCGCUCUCUCUUCCUAGUAAUGUUACAAAUCAGCAGAAAGAUUGCAAAGACUUAGUGACUGAUGCAGAACGUAACAGAUUCAAAAUGAUGUGGAGUGAAUAUGAUAUUAUUACAGGCAAUAACAAUAUAACAUCACUGUAUAACAAGACUCCAGAAAUGUGGAAUAUGACUGGAGAUUCGGACCAUGUCAUUGCUUAUAGUGAAUCAUGUGCCAUCACUGAUAAAAUAAAUCAUAAUUUUAUGGACACAAAUGUAGAGUUUAGUGGUGAUACUACAUUGGUGACUUCUGGAGAUGUAAUUAGAUAUGAUGGCGUCAACAAUAUUUUGGCACCAGAAUAUGAAACCGAAUUAUCACCCACAAAAGGAAUGAGUCUUUUAGCUGUUUCAUCCCCAGUUGGUGUACAAAACUCCAGUCACAUUAUGGUGGAAAAAAGCAAUGAAAAUAGUAAUUUGACAUCACAAGAAAAUGGGAUAGCAGUAGCAGUGGAACUGCCAGCCAGUUCAGAUCAGUUAACAAGUAACUCUGGACAAGAAAACCAGAAUGUUGUAAAAUGCUUUCAAGAGGAGGCAUCAGUUUCCCAGGCUUCAUUCAGCGGUGUUUUGAAGAAUGAUGAUAACACCAACGCAUCAUCUUUUCUCAGCGAAAGUCCUGCAGAGUUUAUGAAGUUGAAUGAAAUGGGGGAACCAGUCAGUGACAAGCCAGUAUACUAUGGCUUAAGUGUUUUUAAUGCUGUGCAUCCUUCAUGGACAUUUGAAAUGCCAUCUGAAGCACCAUUUCCCAUAAGGGAUAUUACAGAUCGCUUCUUUCAUGGUUGUUUAAAUCAAGAAAGUGUACAUUACAAACCAGAGACUGAGACACUCGAAACUGAAGCUCUUCAGCGCUCAGUACUAUUACCACUGUACAUACACAGCAAGUUGGUUAAUGGUGCUCUCCUUCAGUUCUUUUUACAAGAUGAGUCUUUGUUGAGCCAUCUAGAAAGUCUAAGAAACUAUUUUCUCCUGCAAGAUGGUGAAUUCUCUCAACUUCUCUGUACUCAGUUAUUCCAAGGAGCACAUGAAUCAGUUCAUUCAUCCCGUCUCCUAAAUGUAUCAACGUUGAACAGAGUCCUGGCACGUGCUGUGAGUGGUUCACCACAGGCAGAGCGUGAUGUGAAUUCGUCACGUCUCUGCUUCUCAUUGUCAAGUACAGCAGCAGGUCAUUUGUCCCAUACCUCCCCAAAUAUGUUUUCUUCAUUAGUGCUGGGGUACUCAGUGGAGUGGCCAUUGUGUCUCAUUCUUACAGAGAGUGCCCUGGCCAACUACAAUAGCAUUUUUGGAUUUCUGCUGAAAGUUCGGCGCAUUGCGUGGGUUCUUGAACAAAACUUUAAGGACCUUAAGUUGCCUGCAAAUUACACUAGAAAUGAACAUCAUCGGAUACAUCUGUGUCGUCAUGAAAUGAUGCAGUUUGUCCAUGGCCUGCAAAUUUAUAUAAUGUCCACUGUGUUGCAAGUUAGCUGGGCAGAAUUUGAAGUAUUACUUGGAAAUGCUGUUUCCCUUGAUGACCUUUAUCGCUUCCACGCAAGCUAUCUCAAGACAAUAUUAUACAAAUGCCUGCUGUUUGAAAAAACAAAACGAAUGAUGGAUCAUCUAAUGCGGGUGUUUACACUGAUUCUGAAGUUCUGUGAAAUGGUGCGCAGUGGCCUUAAGAUGGAUGAUUUACUAAAAACAUUUAAUGACUAUCAGAAGGCUGUCAAUUAUUGGUUGCAUUUUGUUAGCCGUAUGGCGGACAGUGGUUUCCAACCACACUUUGCAAAUCUUGUGUUAAGCCUCAAUGUAAGUGGCUAUUAUAAGAAUGUAUAAUGCCAACUAGUGAAAUGUUUAAUAAGACUGUUGUUGCACCCAACUUUGUAGUCCUGUUUUUAUUCAUGACUGUGUAUAUAUGCUUUUUUGUAACAAUUUCUCAUUUAUGCUUGUAAAUAGUUAUUACAAUUAAACUAAAUUUGAAAAUGACCAUAACUAAAUGUCAAAGUUGUGAUCAGACACUAUGCCAACACAUGUGAAGACUGUCUGCAGAUUGUUAAUGAUUUGUGGUGGGUCAUGAAUAUAAAUUCAAAUUGAGUUGGCAGUCAAAAUAAGUAUGAGAGACACAAAGAAAAAGAACAGUGAUUAGUUUUGCUGCUUUGCGAUCCUUACAAUGAUAUAGAACAAUGACCAUAUAAAUUAGAAACAACUGCCAUGUUGGGGAACAUUGAGAGAGAGAGAGAGAGAGAGAGAGAGAGAGUACUUGAAAACUCAGUGAGUGGGACAGUUUGAUAUAGAACAUGGCCAUGGUGUUGUCAAAUCUUGUACUGCCCAGUUGACUGAUAGUUAUGCACAAAGUGGUUCAAACAUAAGAUUUCGAUACAUUUUGCUACAGCCAACCUAUUUCCAAUGUAACUUCACGUACGAGCCUCUCAUAGGCUAUCUUGCUAAGGGUAUACAGUGAGUACUUCAAAAAAGAUGAAGUAACAACAUUUGGCCAUUGGAGGUAAUGUUGCCCAUUUGCUUUCAAAUAAAUAGCCUGGCACAGUGAUUUUUCAAUAAUUUCAAUAAUUUCUUUUAUGAACUCAUCAUACAAGGGUUUGUCUAAGUACCUUAUCCCACAGCCCCUUCAUUUUAUGCAUCUUCCCCAGUCUCCAUGCCAGUAGUGUGAUAUGUCUCAGUUCUCACAGGGAACUAGUCAUUCACAAACUAGAUAUUCAAGCAUUACCAUGUGUUGUUGUGACUUUAUUUCUCAUGAACCAUCCUUCAAAAAGAAACCUCAUUUCAGAAUAUAGCACCCUCAUAGUUCCUCUUUCCAAGUUCCAUAUAGCAAAGGAAAGCCAGCAAUUGUUUGUAGAAUUUUAUCUUUCCUUAUUUUCAUAUCAUACCCCACAAAAAUUAUUAUAUUGAUUUACAUGUCGAAGUGAAAUUAUUAGUUUUCCUUAGAACACCUGUAUGCUUACUGACACAUCAAAAUGCAUCCGAGAUAUUUGAAGUGAUAGGGCACAGAAUUUUUUAUGACAUUAAUUGGGAAGUCACACUUGAAAGUAUUGCCAAAUGCACAAGCACAACUUUCAAGUGCUUUAAGUAAGUAAGCACUCACUGAACCAGAAAGCAUUAUUAAUCUAUUUACUGGUAGUGUUGGUUUUGCCUGUAAUGUUUGAAGUCCCCCCC